AUGUCCUUGCUUCUGUGCAGCCUCAACCUUAACAACAGCAGCAGCAACAAGAACAACAACAGUAACAUCGCCAUCAACCAUAACAACCAACACAGCAGCAACACCAACAACUACAACCACAACAACAACAGCAAAAAUACCCCCCCUCCGCGAUCCUUGUUGCGGCGAGGCGCACCGAGACCGAGCCCGAGAGCCGCACAGCAGCCUCGGGAGAGCGACGCCGUAUCGCACACACCCGCCCCUUGUCUCCUCCCGAAACAAUCCUUUAAGGAAAACGGAAGCCGCCACGGGGAGUCCCUCACGCAGGCGCCCGUUGCCAGGAUACGGCACGGAGCCCCCGCCUCUCCCCUCAAUAUAUGCAGCUCCUUCAAAGUUUUAUUAUUGUUGGCAUCCUUAAGGCACGUGCGGCCUGCCCUCGCUCUUGAUCCUCUGUCUCCCCUCCUUCCCCUUUUCGGCUCGCAGUCUGACUGGCUCGGUCCGAGGCAUCCCACCCCGGGUAGUCGCUGA